UCUUCUUCACUGUCAACGCCUGCCUCAACGGCUCGCAGCUGGCCGUGGCCGCGGGCGGCUCCGGCCGCGCUCGGGGCGCAGACACCUGUGGCUGGAGGGGAGUGGGGCCGGCCAGCAGGAGCAGCGGGCUGCACAACCUCACCUUCAGAUACGACAACUGCACCGCCUACUUGAACCCAGUGGGGAAGCACGUGAUUGCCGAUGCACAGAACAUCACCAUCAGCCAGUAUGCCUGCCACGAUCAAGUGGCGGUCACCAUCCUUUGGUCCCCAGGGGCCCUUGGCAUCGAAUUCCUCAGAGGCUUUCGGGUAAUCCUGGAGGAGCUGAAGUCGGAAGGAAGACAGUGCCAGCAGCUGUUUCUCAAGGACCCGAAGCAGCUCAACAGUAGCUUCAGAAGAACCGGAAUGGAAUCUCAGCCUUUCCUGAACAUGAAAUUUGAAACGGAUUACUUUGUAAAGAUUGUCCCUUUUCCUUCCAUUAAAAACGAAAGCAAUUACCACCCUUUCUUCUUCAGAACCCGAGCCUGUGACCUGUUGCUACAGCCGGACAACCUGGCCUGCAAACCCUUCUGGAAGCCUCGGAACCUGAACAUCACCCAGCAUGGUGCAGACAUGCAGGUGUCCUUCGACCACGCGCCACACAGCUUUGGCUUCCGUUUCUUCUAUCUUCAUUACAAGCUAAAGCAUGAAGGCCCCUUCAAACGAAAGACCUGUAAGCAGGAACAAAAUACAGAGACAACCAGCUGCCUCCUUCAGAAUGUUUCUCCAGGGGAUUAUAUCAUUGAGCUGGUAGAUGACACUAACACAACAAGAAAAGUGAUGCAUUAUGCCCUAAAGCCAGUGCACUCCCCGUGGGCGGGGCCCAUCAGGGCCGUGGCCAUUACAGUGCCGCUGGUCGUCAUUUCGGCAUUUGCAACCCUCUUCACUGUGAUGUGCCGCAAGAAGCAACAAGAAAACAUAUAUUCACAUUUGGAUGAGGAGAGCUCGGAGUCUUCGACGUACACCACGGCUCUCCCCAGAGAGCGGCUCCGGCCACGGCCGAAGGUCUUCCUCUGCUACUCCAGUAAAGACGGCCAGAAUCACAUGAAUGUCGUCCAGUGUUUCGCCUACUUUCUCCAGGACUUCUGCGGCUGUGAGGUGGUUCUGGACCUGUGGGAAGACUUGAGCCUCUGCAGAGAGGGGCAGCGGGAAUGGGUCAUCCAGAAGAUCCACGAGGCACAGUUCAUCAUCGUGGUGUGUUCCAAAGGCAUGAAGUACUUCGUGGACAAGAAGAACUACAAACACAAAGGAAGUGGCCGAGGCUCCGGGAAGGGGGAGCUCUUCCUGGUGGCCGUGUCCGCCAUAGCCGAGAAGCUCCGCCAGGCCAAGCAGAGCUCCUCCGGAGCGCUCAGCAAGUACAUUGCCGUUUACUUCGACUAUUCCUGCGAGGGAGAUGUCCCCGGCGUCCUGGACCUGAGUACCAAGUACAAACUCAUGGACAACCUUCCACAGCUCUGUUCCCACCUGCACUCCCGAGACCAUGGGCUGCAGGAGCCGGCGCAGCAUCCGGGACCCGGCAGCAGAAGGAACUACUUCCGGAGUAAGGCGGGCCGCUCCCUGUACGUCGCCAUUUGCAACAUGCACCAGUUUAUUGACGAGGAGCCCGACUGGUUUGAGAAGCAGUUCGUCCCCUUCCAUCCGCCCCCACUGCGCUAUCGGGAGCCCGUCCUGGAGAAGUUCGACUCGGGCUUGGUUUUAAACGAUGUUGUGGGCAAACCAGGCCCUGAGAGCGACUUCUGCGUAAAGGCUGAGUCGGCAGCCCUUGGGGCAACCGGGCCGGCAGACUCGCACCAGGAGAGCCUGGACGAAGACAUGGAGGCCCGGCCAGCCACCGACGGCGGCGCCUCCCUGCAGCCCCUGCUGCACCCGGUGAAAGGCGGCAGCCCCUCGGACAUGCCGCGGGACUCUGGCAUCUACGACUCGUCCGUGCCCUCAUCGGAGCUGUCCCUGCCUCUGAUGGAGGGACUCUCGGCUGACCAGACAGAAACGUCUUCGCUGACCGAGAGCGUGUCCUCCUCAUCGGGCCUGGGUGAGGAGGAGCCGCCUGCUCUUCCUUCCAAGCUCCUGGCCUCUGGGGCAUGCAAAGCAGAACUUGGCUGCCAUAUCUACACUGAUGAAUUUCACGCGGUGGCCCCUUUGUAACGAAAUGGAGGAAUCUAAGCAUUGCCACUUUAACUGGUUCCUCAGUUCUUCUCUGGUUGCGUGGCCUGCUGGAGCUGAGGUCUCAUCCAAGGAUAUUUGGAGUGAAGUUCUGGCCAAUACUUGCUCCCCUUUGUUCCAACACUCUACCAAAUAGCUUGUCAAAGUGUCCAGUUUUCUAAAUCCCUAUGGAACUCUGCAAGGCGUGUCUGUGGUCUGACAGCAGCUUGCCACACUAGGUCAGGCCUUGGACCAGAGCCUGUUCUGGGAUGGAGAGAGGAAACAUGUAAAGAGAAACAGGAGAAUAUCUGCACUGAUCAUUCAGACUCUGCUGAACUUUGUGCCCUCUGCCUGUUGGCUACUUUGAUUUGAAAUGCUUUGCGGAAGAAGCACUUUGUGUAUCCUGAGACACAGAAAUCACGUGCUGGUCUACCUGGAACCUGUGUUAUAUUGCAGAUGAUGUUCCUGUCCUGUGUUGGCGUGGAACUGACUAUGCCAUGCAUGUUAAAUACGCUUUGAGUCAAAGGGCAAAAAUGUAACUGAAUGUACAGUCACCUUUUAUAAAACUGUCCUUUUGUAUUGCUGGGUGGCGUGGCUGGCUGAGGUGGGGGCCCCAGGGCCAGGCCGACCAUCUGGACCGGUUCAUCGGAGAGGGGUUGGUCGACAUGCAGGAGGCACCAGACCCACAGCACACAGCGCCUCCUCUUGGUCUGAGUAGGCAUCAUGCAGGUGCCAGCGCUGCUGGCCAAGUCUCCCUGGCUUAUGUUUGUUGUGUGUAUCUCAGAUGUGGGUGUCUGGAAGUUUAUUUUAAGAGACCUAUAUCCAGCUGGGCUGCAUUAUUGGAAGUUGUGGUUUGGUUGGCCUUCUGGUGUAAAGCUGGAUUCUGAGUAUUAGGUAGCAGAAUUCACCAGACUUGAGCAGUAUGUGGAGGUGGUGGCCAGCGAAUCUGCCGACCUGGUUUUGAUUAGCAACAAAUGUCUGUUUAGGGGGGUGGAAAGGAGACUGCCACCAAAGUAAAUGUUCUGUUUUUGUGAGUGCCUUCUCCAUAGAAUUUCAGUUUCCAAAGGAAAAGAAUUGUCCUCAUCCUGUUUGUUGAUCAGCAAGUGGCAAUGAUGUCUUAUGUCCCCUGUGGAAAGCCUUGCCCUGCCCAUGUGCUGGAGCAGCUGCAGCAUCUUGCUCCACCUUUUCUGUAGGUGCUGUUGUAUUUUGACACUUUGUUGAGACCCGGGACCAUGGUUCUCACUGCCUCAUCAAACAGGACCUGCAUGAAGAGGGUGUUGAGAAGCAUCCUGAGGCAGGGAGGGAGGUGGCCUGGACAGGACUGCCCUUCCCAGAUUCUUGCUAGGCAGGUGGGGAAGCAAGGCUUGUACCCUUGCCGGGAAGAUGAGGUUUGUGUGUAUUUUGAAUUCUAAAGCCCUACUCCCUGCUCUGAAAAGGCAGCUGGCAGCUUCUUAGAAGAAUGUGCUUGUCUGUUCUCCGGCAUCAAAUUUCCUGCAGCUGCUCUGAGGGAGAGCCAGGGAGCUGCAAGACUGUCUCCCCAUAAAACCAGGCAUCUUGUCACAGGAGACAUGCGACGUGUUGUCCCCCUGGAGUCUGGGACGAGGGCAGAGCUCCUGCUCACAGCUGGUCACCGCGCCAUUUCCUCCUGGGCAUCCGUUCUGUGAAGGAGGUUUGCAAACGUAGCAGAAUGCACUGGGAAGAGCAUGAGCAGGUUUCUCUUUAAGAGGGCUUUCAUGUCCUGAGGGAGCCAGUAGGAGCCACUUUUAGGCCAGUAUUCAGCUUUGCAUGUGAGAAAGUAGCUUCCAGGACCCAGUGGGCAGACCCACUAACUGGACCCCAAGGGUGUGGGCAGAGUGCUGGCUGGUGAACUCACUUGUAAUGAAAAUGGAAGAGACAAUGAAAAUGGAAGAGACAAAGAGUGUGCUGGUCCAAAAAUCAGGUGAUGUUUUGGUUUGGAUUUAAGGUUUGGAUACUUAUUAGUGUUUCUAACCGACAGUCUCAAACUCUACCAUGCCAAAUAAUGAAACUGCAGUGUGAUUGCCAAACUCAGCAAGUUAAGUCCAGCUUCCUAGUUGUGCUUCAUUCGUGCAGAAUGGGGAGGUAGAAAUAGAAAUAGUUGUCUUGUAGAUUAAGGCAAAACAUCUGAUUUAAACAUAGCUGCUUUUUUUUUUAAUUUUAUUUUUUGGUCUCAGAAGUUGUCCCAGAGAAUGGAAAUGAUAACAUGGAAUUCAAAAAAAUGUUCUGCCAAGUCUCCCAGGCUUUAAAAUAUUGGGGAAGCAGGAAUUAGACAGUAGGGAUGAUCUCAGUGAAAGACUUUGAUCCUGAGAAGAAAAGGUUUGUGUGGUGAAGUUAGAAGGUGUCCUGUAGGGAGGAAACCAGGGUGAGUCCAGGGUACCAGGAAACCAAAGAGCCUGCUGGUAGCGUAAUGGGGAGCUCGCAGCUUGAUCCCUCGGACGGGGUGGCACCUGCCACAGCCAGCCUUGCCCGAUGCUUGCCCAAGUGAAGGUGUGCUCUUCUCCUGAAGGCUGCCCACACGGCAGAGGGCCGGCUCAGCUGCGUGCUGCAGAGUCUCUGGAGGCCUUCGUCUUGAACCUUCGGAUGACACUGGUCACCAGGAAGAAUCAGAACUCACUUUAGUGCAGGCCUAGAUGUGCAGGUGGGGACCCAGCCAAGAAAUUGUAUUUUGAGCCAAAAAUGAAAUCAGGCCAUGAAGUCCGAGCUGGUUUUUGGUUGACAGUAAGUGAAUACGGCCCCAGUGAAGUUUGAAAAACUGUCUUUGACAAAGAUAACAUCAUUGGGAUCGAUAUGUAGUAAAUUACGAGUAGUUAAGUGUGUGUCCCUUCAUCAGAGUUCAUUCUUGGAACUUCACACCCACGAGCUAGUUAGUUUUUUUUUUAUAACCAACUCCUGGUCUUGGGUCCUCUGACAUACAUAUAAAAUAAACAGGAGAACUGUCCCUCCAGAAAUGAGGGUUUUAGGAGUUUAAGAGCUUUUUUCUUUUUUCGGAGUUGAGCAAAAAUCUAUUUAUUUAUUUGAAAGGCAGAGUUACACACAGAAAGAAGGAGAGGUAGAGAGAGAGAGAGAGAGAGGACUUCCAUCCACUGACUCACUCCCCAAAUGGCUGCAACAGCCCGAGCUGGGCCCAUCUGGAGCCAGGAGCUUCUUCCGGGUUUUCCACACAGGUGCAGGGGCCCAAGGACUUGGGCCUUCUUCCACUGCUUUCCCAGGCCGUAGCAAGGAGCUGGAUUGGAAGUGGAGCAGCCAGGACUCAAACUGGUGCCCAUAGGGGAAUGCUGGCACUGCAGGUGGCAGCUUUACCUGCUAUGCCAUAGCUCUGGCCGAGGGGGAGAAGUGAUAGAACCCCCUUCCAAAACAAAGUCUGUAACUUCUCAACACUAAUUUGGCUCUAGUAACAAGAGAAGAAUUAUUCUUUUUGUCUUUGCUGGAGAGAGAUAAUAGCAAUGUGAAGGUUACCAGUGAUUCUGUGUAUUAUUUAAAGACUGCUAGUCUUAAUUAGCAGACCUUUUGCCUUCAGUGAGUACCAGCACAUCAGGUCAGGUAUAGGAAAAUCUCAUGGCAAUGUUAUACCUUCUCAGUGUCAGAGAGGCAAUAAGGAAUGGUGGUGACUGUGGCAAACCGAAGAGCUCCCAUCCAGCUUACAGGGGACAACUAUUCCAACUGAUUGUGGCUGUGUAGUAUUUCCUAAUCUUCCCAUUUUUUAAGAGAAGUUAAGAAUCUUUUACAUUUAAAUGAAAAAAUUGUGGUUUUUAAAAAAGAUUACAGUUGUAUUAGUUUGUUUUCUAUUGCUAAUACUACCACAGACUGGGUAAGUUAUAAGAAAAAGAGGUUUAUUUUACUUCAUGGGUCUGAAGGUCAACAUGUAGAGUUGGCCACCUGGCUGGCAGAGUCCAGAGGCAAUGCAGAGUAUAAUGUGGUGAGAGGUGUGUGUGUGUGUGUGUGUGUUUUACCUGGUCAGUGUCUUCCUCCACUUCCCCAGGAAGCCACAAAUAUUCAGUCAAGGAAGUCCCACCCUGAUGAUCUUAUAAAAUCCUGAUUACCUCCUAUCGUCCUCCUCCCCCCAACUCCAGAUGUCAUUGCCUGAUUAAGUUCCCACCCUCUAAAUACCUCACAAUGGGGAAUAAAUAACAUGGAUUUGUGGAGGGGCAACCACAGCAACUGAAUGUUUUAAGAAUUUGAACAGGCCCCACAGCACACACAGACCUGACCUGGCCCACAAAGGUGCCUGUCCAUGACCUCUGCUUUUUAAGAUGAGGAGCAAACGACAUCCGUGGUAAUUACAGAUGUCUGGUGCCCCCCAGAAAUGCUCCUGCUAAAUGCAUCCAGUAGCCAGACCUUUUCUUUCCCCUGUCCUCCCGCCAAAGGAAUUUGAUGCGAUCCUAAGUAUAUUUGAAAUGUUUUGAUUGCUUCUUAGAUUUCAUAGUUAUCUUCAGAGAAAGGCAAGCCAGCUGUUAAUUUCAAAAUCAGAUUGAUUCACAGUUUAGGAUAACUGUUUUCUUAGAUGGUGUGCAGUUCUGAGUGUAGGCCAAGAUGCAAUUAGGAAAAUAGUCAUUUGUGGGGAGCAAGGCAGGGAAUCUGCUAGCCUCCACUAGGGCCAGGUGUUUGUGUUACCUUCUGUUGUACAGGAUCUGAACUGACUGCUGGGGAGGCGUGAAAGGGUGUAGAGAAAAAAGCUUUUCCUGA